AUGUCGGUCCCGCCGGUGAGCGCGGGUAAUCGGUCGGCCGGGCCCUUUCGGUCGCUGCGCAAAUCAUCCCUGGAAUCGGAUCAAACGGGAGGAUCGCCUCUCAGCCACCCGGGGCAGAUUUCUGUAUCGGUGGAUGAUCACAGAUUGUGGGCUGAAGAUGGAGGUGGGGAGAGGCGAGAGGGGGAUGGUUCGAGCGGGGUGAGUGAUGAGGCCGGCAACGGGGAGGAGGCUGGCGGAGUCGUGGAAGGCUGUCCGAUGGAGGAUUUGCAAAAGGCUAGAAAGAGACGCCGAGAGGAAGGAUACUGGGAUGAGAGGCGGAAAUUGCGGAACAAGAAGAAGGGUGACAAAUACAAGGCAAACCUGAAGGAGCGGAAGCGAAAGGCUUGGUUGGACAAGGAAGCGGCGUUGAGCGGGCUGCCCGCUGAGGAGCGUCAGAGGCUGAAAGAGGAAGAAUGGUCAAGGAAGGAGGCAACAAGGGUGGAGCAGUCCCGACUCGUAGACGAGGCCCUCAAGUCUGGUGUACGGGUCGUUGUGGACUGUGGCUUUGCACAGAAUCCAUCCGGAAAAGAGAUGCGGAGUUUGACCAAGCAGCUGGAGCGCAGUAUGAGUGUCAACCGAAAGGCAGACAGGCCUUUGGCAUUGACCUUCAUGAGCUUCAAGGGGGCCUUGCGGGAGCAUGCUGCAAAGGCGGGUGCAGAAAGUUGGCCAGUGAACCGCUUCGAGGAGUCUGCCCUCGAUGUGUAUGACAGGAGCAAGGUACUGCCACGCAG